AAUAAAAGGCCGCCCCGUCCCACCCCCGCGCCCCGCAGCCCUGCUGGACACCCCGGGCUGCAGCUGGGCGGGCGCAGACGGGCCGAGGCGGGCGCCGGGCGCGCAGGGACCGAGGGACCGAGGGCUCCCCAUGAGCGCACGUGGGCCGGGCGGUCCGCAAGCCCGGCUGAGAGCGCGCCAUGGGGCAGGCCGGCUGCAAGGGGCUCUGCCUGUCGCUGUUCGACUACAAGACCGAGAAGUAUGUCAUCGCCAAGAACAAGAAGGUGGGCCUGCUGUACCGGCUGCUGCAGGCCUCCAUCCUGUUGUACCUGGUCGUAUGGGUGUUCCUGAUAAAGAAGGGUUACCAAGACGUCGACACCUCCCUGCAGAGUGCUGUCAUCACCAAAGUCAAGGGCGUGGCCUUCACCAACACCUCGGAUCUCGGGCAGCGGAUCUGGGAUGUCGCCGACUAUGUCAUUCCAGCCCAGGGAGAGAACGUCUUUUUUGUGGUCACCAACCUGAUUGUGACCCCCAACCAGCGGCAGGACGUCUGUGCUGAGAAUGAAGGCAUUCCUGAUGGUGCGUGCUCCAAGGACAGUGACUGCCACCCUGGGGAGGCGGUUACAGCUGGAAAUGGAGUGAAGACCGGCCACUGCCUGAGGAGAGACAACUCGGCCAGGGGCACCUGUGAGAUCUUUGCCUGGUGCCCUUUGGAGACAAGCUCCAGGCCGGAGGAGCCAUUCCUGAAGGAGGCCGAAGACUUCACCAUUUUCAUAAAGAACCACAUCCGUUUCCCCAAAUUCAACUUCUCCAAGGUACUGCUGCAGGGAGCUGUCAGCACUCAGGUUGGUGAGGGACCGAGUGACUCCUGGCCAGGCCCGGGAACAUCAAGUCUUACUUCACUUCUCGGCCGCCCGUGGCCUCCACCCAGGAGCAAUGUGAUAGACGUCAAGGACAGAUCUUUCCUGAAAUCAUGCCACUUUGGCCCCAAGAACCACUACUGCCCCAUCUUCCGACUGGGCUCCGUGAUCCGCUGGGCUGGGAGCGACUUCCAGGAUAUAGCCCUGGAGGGUGGUGUGAUAGGAAUUAAUAUUGAAUGGAACUGUGAUCUUGAUAAAGCUGCCUCUGAGUGCCACCCUCACUAUUCUUUUAGCCGUCUGGACAAUAAGCUUUCAAAGUCUGUCUCCUCUGGGUACAACUUCAGAUUUGCCAGAUAUUACCGAGACGCAGCCGGGGUGGAGUUCCGCACCCUGAUGAAAGCCUACGGGAUCCGCUUUGACGUGAUGGUGAACGGCAAGGCAGGGAAGUUCAGCAUCAUUCCCACCAUCAUCAACGUGGGCUCUGGGGUGGCGCUCAUGGGUGCUGGUGCUUUCUUCUGCGACCUGGUACUCAUCUACCUCAUCAAAAAGAGAGAGUUUUACCGCGACAAGAAGUACGAGGAAGUGAGGGGCCUAGAAGACAGUGCCCAGGAGGCUGAGGACGAGGCAUCGGGGCUGGGACUAUCUGAGCAGCUCACAUCCGGGCCGGGGCUGCUGGGAGUACCAGAGCAGCAGGAGCUGCAGGAGCCGCCUGAGGCGAAGCGUGGAAGCAGCAGCCAGAAGGGGAACGGAUCUGUGUGCCCGCAGCUCCUGGAGCCCCACAGGUCUGGCCAUUUGCAGAAUGCACAGGUGAAUUUGGAGCAGCUGCAGACAGGGGAGACGUAGCCAGGGCUGUUGGCUACCGGCCGUAUCGCUGAAGACGUUGGGGCCAGAACCACCCGCAGCUCUGAACUGGGAAGAGGAGUCUGUGCCUGCAUGACACAGGGGCUUCCGGGCGCAGUCAUCUCUCCUGAACUUUGGGGUCUUUUUUUUUUUUUUUUUGAGACGGAGUCUCGCUCUGUCCCCCAGGCUGGAGUGCA